AUGGCAGCCCAUGCCCGCACCGGAGAGUCCAUCUCUGAGAGAGCCCUGAGCAAUCUCAACCCUCCGAAUCCACAGACGAGCAAACUUCACGCCAUACGCUCUCACUGCUUCCACAACCAGUACGACCCCACAACUAAUCCGGAUGGCAUUGUGGCCCUCGCGAUUGCGGAGAACAAACUCAUGCGGCAAGAGAUCGUCGACCACGUCAACAGCAACAUGAACAUCACGCCGUGGCACUUGACCUACGGGCACGGUCCUGCUGGGUCUAUUGGUUUGCGGAGAGCCAUUGCCGAGUUCGUGACAGAGGUCUUCAAGCCGAGAGUGGCGAUUGGUGAAAGCCAUGUAGCUGUGUGCAAUGGGGCGGGAUCCGCCGUGGACAAUCUAUCCUUCUGUCUGGGUGAGCCCGGAGACGGUAUAUUGGUCGGUAGGCCAUUGUAUGUGGGUUUCUUUCCCGACAUAGAAGCACGGGCAAAGGUAAAGCCCGUGCUGGUGUCUUUCGGGGACAUCAACCCUACCUCGGCGGAGGCGGUGGGCUUCUAUGAAGCAGCCCUACACGAGUCAAAUGCGGCUGGCGUGAAGAUCCGGGCCAUCUUGCUUGCAAGCCCCCAUAAUCCGUUCGGGCGACCCUAUGACAACGACUUCCUUGUGGGUAUAAUGCGUCUCUGCGCAAAGUAUAACAUCCAUCUCAUCUCCGACGAGGUGUAUGCCAAGUCACAUUUUCCCAGUAACGAUGUACCCGCCCCUCCACCUUUUGUGUCUGUCCUAUCUUUCGACCUGCAGAAAUAUAUCGACCCGACCCUUAUCCACGUCAUCUAUGCGAUGAGCAAAGAUUUCUGCGCAAACGGCGUUCGGAUCGGUGCGGUCAUCUCGCCCUCGAACGGUAGAGUGCUCAAAGCAUUUCGUGCAGUAGCAAGCUUCACUCGCGCUUCACAGCUCGCCGAGCAUGCCUGGCUGAACUUGCUCACCGACAAACCUUUCCAGCAAUGGUAUUUCCCGCUUCUCCAGCAGAGGAUGACGGAAUCUUACGAGUUCACGACGUCAUACUUGAGGAAGCAUAAUAUUCCGUACAACAAGGCUAGUGUUACCAGUUUCAUAUGGCUCGAUUUGAGUAGGUAUCUGAAGGAGGACAGUGUCGAAGCCGAGAUAGAGUUGAAUUGGAAAAUGGCCCACGGUGGUGUAUGGGUGGCCAUGGGCGCGAGCUUUGCCAGCGAGAGAAAUGGCAAUUUCCGAAUAACAUUUGCGACGCCGAGACAAGAGUUAAGCAUGGGUCUAGACAGGUAA